AUGGAGCGUCAAGAACAGGGCGUAGACGCCCACCAGGCCGCUGCAACAGGAGACACAGGAAAUCAGGAGGACGCGACGAUGACGUCGGUGUCACGCGGCGUUAAACGCGACUCUGGUGGUGCAACUGAGCAACACCUUACAGUACCGACCGAGGAGAACUGGAGCGCACUCAGCAACCUCCGCGUCGCAGGAGAAGAACUUGCAGUGCAGACACAACCAAUAACUGGCUCCGACAGCAAUACCGGUAGACAUAAAGUUAGACGAACGAACAGCUACGCGACCCCGUCGACACCUCAGGACGACGGCAGCUUCAGUAAGUCGUCACUAAGUUUCAUUCUGGACGACCAGGCUGCGUCGGCGGCAGUCGCUGGCAACGACCUAUUCACACACGGAGACAAACAGGUCGCUGCUUUACUUGCCCGAAGCAAAAGCACUGGAGACUUAGCGGGCGAUGCAGCACAAAGUGGACGCAUCAGCCGCACUAAGCAAGGCGCCGACGGGAAGCGUCGGGCACGACGACCACCUAGCCGCAUCUGCAAGCAUGAAGGCUGCGAGCAGUAUGUGGUGGAUCAAGGACUGUGUGUUCGCCACGGAGGUGGUAAGCGAUGCCAGGCCCCAGGCUGCACCAGUCGAGCGAAACAUCAGGGUCGUUGCUGGAAACAUGGCGGUUCGACGGAGUGCAAGGUUCCUAGCUGUAUCAACCGCGCAAAGUCGCGUGGUUUUUGCUGGUCCCACGGCGGCGGCACGAAGUGUAAGACCGAUAACUGUGAGAAGAUCGCAAUUUCUAACGGUUUAUGUUGGGCUCAUGGGGGAGGCAAACGAUGUGCUGUCGAAGGGUGCAUGCGCCAGGCAUAUGAGCGCACCGACAACCUGUGCAACAACCACUUCCAGGAGCGACAGCACGGCACAGCAGCCGUCGAAGUGAGAGAAGAUGUGGCUGGGCCCACAAGCGGGCACCCUGACGACGAGGAGAAGCCGCCAGCUCACCAGUAA